AUGCGCCUCUCGCCUCCCCGCGCGUGCAAAUCUCGCCUCCCCGCGCGUGCGAAUCUCGCCUUCACGUGUGUCCUCCUUUCCCCUUCCUUCUCUUCUCAUCUAGCCGCAAUCGUCGCCCAGCCUCCACUCGCUGCCUCUCCUUUUCUUCUCCUCCCGCCCCCCCUCUCCUCCUCCCACCAUGCCUUCCCCUCCUCCCGUCACCCCCCUCCUCCUCCCGCCAUGCCUUCUCCUCCUCCCGCCACCGCCUCUCCUCCUCCCACCAUGCCUUCUCCUCCCGCCACCCCCUCUCCUCCUCCCGCCAUGCCUUCUCCUCCUCCCGUCAACCCCUCUCCUCCUCCCACCAUGCCUUCUCCUCCUCUCGCCACCCCCUCUCUUCCUCCCACCAGGCCUUCUCCUCCCGCCAUGCCUUCUCCUCCUCCCGCCACCCCCUUUCCUCCUCCCACCAUGCCUUCUCCGUAUGCCACCCCCUCUCCUCCUCCCACCAUCCUCUCUCCUUCCCCCGCCAUGCCUUCUCCUCCUCUCGCCAUUCCUUCCCCUCCUCACGCCACCCCCUCUCCUCCCCUCGCUAUGCCUUCUCCUCCUGCCACCCCCUCUCCUCCUCCUGCCAUGCCUUCUCCUCCUCUCACCAUGCCUUCUCCUCCUCCCGACACCCUCCCUCCUCCCCUCGCCACCCCCUCUCCUCCUCCCGCCAUGCCUUAUCCUCCUCCCGCCAUGCCUUCUCCUCCUCCCGCCAUGCCUCCUCCUCCUCACGCCAUGCCUUCUCCUCCCGCCACCCCUUCUCCUCCUCCCGCCAUGCCUUCUCCUCCCCCCGCCAUGCCUUCUCCUCCUCCUGCCAUGCCUUCUUCUCUCGCCAUGCCUUCUCCUCCUCCCGCUACCCCCUCUCCUCCUCCCACCAUGCCUUCUCCGUAUGCCAUCCCCUCUCCUCCUCCCACCAUCCUCUCUCCUCCUCCCACCAUGCCUUCCCCUCCUCCCGCCACCCCUUCUCCUCUUCCUACCAUGCCUUCUCCUCCCACCAUGCCUUCUCCUCCUCCCGCCACCGCCUCUCCUCCUCCCGCCAUGCCUUCUCCUCCCCCCACCAUGCCUUCUCCUCCCCCCGCCAUGCCUUCUCCUCCCACCAUGCCUUCGCCUCAUCUUGCCACGCCUUCUCCUCCCGCCACCCCCUCUCCUCCACCCACCAUGCCUUCUCCGUCUCCUGCGAUGCCUUUUCCUCCUCCCACCAUGCCUCCUCCUCCCACCAUGCCCUCUCCUCCUCCCACCAUGCUGUCUCCGGCUCCCACCAUGCCUUCUCCUCCUCCCGCCACCCCCUCUCCUCCACCCACCAUCCCCUCUCCUCCUCCCGCCACCGCCUCUCCUCCUCCGCCCACCAUGCCCUCUCCUCCUCCCACCAUGCUGUCUCCGGCUCUUGCCAUGCCUUCUCCUCCUCCCGCGACCCCCUCUCCUCCUCCUGCCAUGCCUUCUCCUCCCACCAUGCCUUCUCCUCCUCCCGCCACCACCUCUCCACCUCCCACCAUGCCUUCUCCUCCCAACGCCAUGCAUUAUCCUCCUCCUGCCAUGCCUUCUCGUCCUCCUGCCAUGCCUUCUCCUCCUCCUGCCAUGCCUUCUCCUCCUCUCACCGUGCCUUCUCCUCCUCCCACCAUGCCCUCUCCUCCUCCCGCCAUGCCCUCUCCUCCCGCCAUGCCCUCUCCUCCUCCCGCCACCCCCUCUCAUCCUCUCACCAUCCUGCCAAGCCUUCUCCUCCUCCCACCAUGCCUCCUCCUCCCACCAUGCCUUCUCCUGCUCUCGCCAUGCCUUCAUUCACCCCCCGCAACCCCCGCUCCUCAUCCCGCCAUGCCUCCUCCUCCUCCCACCAUCCCCUCUCCUCGCCCCGCCACCCCCUCUCCUCCUCCCACCAUGCCUUCUCCUCCUUCCGCAACCCCCUCUCCUCCACCCACCAUCCCCUCUCCUCCUCCCUCCACUGCCUCUCCUCCUCCGCCCACCAUGCCUUCUCCUCCUCCCACCAUGCUGUCUCCGGCUCUUGCCAUGCCUUCUCCUCCUCCCGCGACCCCCUCUACUCCUCCUGCCAUGCCUUCUCCUCCUCUCACCAUGCAUUCUCCUCCUCCUGCCAUGCCUUCUCCUCCUCCCACCAGGCCUUCUCCUCCUCCCGCCACCCCCGCUCAUCCUCUCACCAUGUCCUCUCCUCCCACCAAACCUUCUCCUCCUCCCGCCACCUCCUCUCCUCCUCCCACCAUGGCUUCUCCGGUUCCCGCAAUGCCUUCUCCUCCUCCCACCAUGCUUCCUCCUCCCACCAUGCUUCCUCCUCCCACCAUGCCUUCUCCUGCUCUCGCCAUGCCUUCAUUCACCCCCCGCAACCCCCUCCCCUCCUCAUGCCAUGCCUUCUCCUCCUCCCACCAUGCCUUCUCCUCCACCCGCCACCGCCUCUCCUCCUCCUCCCACCAUGCCUUCUCCUAUCCUCCUCCCGCCACCCCCUCUCCUCCUCCUGCCAUGCCUUCUCCUCCUCCUGCCAUGCCUUCUCCUCCUGCCAUGCCUCCUCCUCCCGCCAUGCCUUCUCCUCCUCCCACCAGGCCUUCUCGUCCCGCCACCGCCUUCUCCUCUUGCCAUGCCUUCUCCUCCCACCCUGCCUUCUCCUCCUCCCGCCACCCCCUCUCCUCCUCCCACCAUGCCUCCCCCCCCUCCCGCCUUGCCUUCUCGUCCUCCUGCCACUCCUUCUCCUCCUCCCUCAUCUCCCCCCUGCUUCCCACCAUUUCCCCGCCUGCUUCCCCUAUUUCCCCCCUCUGCUCCUCACUACCCAUCUUCUCAACUUUCCCACCUCCGCUCUUUUUCCCCCUCUGCUUCUCUUCUUCCCCUCUUCUCCCCCCCGCUUUAUGA